AUGGCCGAAAUCGAAGAAAUUGGGCCUGAUGUCUGUUCGGAUUUAGAAGUUGAUGAUAUUAGAUGCCCCAAUAUAGCGGAGAAAGAUGUCAGUGAUGAAGAGAUUGAAACAGAAGAAUUGGAGCGGCGGAUGUGGAAGGAUCGGAUCAAACUCAAAAGGCUAAAGGAAAAACAGAAGCUGGCAAUUCUGCAAGCUGCAGAGAAGCAAAAGCCAAGGCAGUCUAGUGAUCAAGCUCGUAGGAAGAAAAUGUCCAGAGCACAGGAUGGGAUUCUGAAGUAUAUGCUAAAGCUUAUGGAAGUCUGCAAAGCUCGUGGAUUUGUGUAUGGGAUCAUUCCUGAGAAGGGAAAGCCAGUUAGUGGUUCCUCUGACAACAUUAGAGCUUGGUGGAAGGAGAAGGUAAAGUUUGAUAAGAAUGGCCCUGCAGCUAUAGCCAAGUAUGAAGCUGAGUGUCUUGCUAUGAGUGAGGCAGAUAAUAGCCGAAAUGGUAACUCGCAGAGCAUUCUCCAAGACCUGCAAGAUGCAACUCUUGGAUCACUCUUAUCUUCUUUGAUGCAGCAUUGUGAUCCACCUCAGAGGAAGUAUCCAUUGGAAAAGGGCAUACCCCCACCUUGGUGGCCAACUGGUAAUGAAGAUUGGUGGUCACAGUUGAAUUUACCUCAUGGUCAGAGUCCACCUUAUAAGAAGCCGCAUGAUUUGAAGAAGAUGUGGAAAGUGGGAGUGCUUACUGCUGUUAUAAAGCACAUGUCGCCUAAUAUCGCCAAGAUAAGGAGGCAUGUCCGCCAGUCAAAAUGCUUGCAGGACAAGAUGACAGCAAAGGAAAGUGCAAUUUGGUUGGGGGUAUUAAGUCGAGAAGAAGCUCUCAUUAGGCAGCCUAGUAGUGACAACGGUACAUCUGGAAUAACUGGAAUGCUACCUGGUGUCCCUGCUGAGAAUAAGCAAGCAGCUACUAGUAGUGCCAGCAACUAUGAUGUUGAUGGUACUGAUGAUGGCAUUGGUUCUGUUUCUUCUAAAGAAGAUAGGAGAAUUCAGAAUAUGGAUACUGAACCAUCAGAUAACUUGCACAGGGUUAGGAAAUCUUUCCAAGGUACAGAUCAAUCUAAGAGGCAACCCAGGCCAAAAAAACCCCGUCUGAAUUCAAGGGCUGUCGACAAACCACCAGCACAAUCUGACAAUGAAAUUUUACAUAGUGAGCCAAGAAGCAAAGGACUCAAUAUUAACCAGACACAACCACAAGUAGAUCGAGUCCAGAUUCAUGGAAAUGAACAAUCCAAUGAGACUGAUUCUGCCGCAAGGCCACUGGAAAAGGGACUUGAGGUGCCUGCGCAACUACCAGCACCUGAUUUUGAUCAUUACUCUUAUUUACAUACAAACAACUUAAUUUCCUCAGGAUCAAUGUAUACGAGUGGGAGGCCAAUAGACUAUCCUGAGUUGCAAAACCCUGACAUGCAUCAUGAAACCACUUACAAUCUUUAUAAUCCAGCAGCAGGAUAUGAACCUGGUCAGGAUGGGCCACAGCUACAUUCUCGGAACAACAAUGAAGCAAGGCCAGAUAUUGAUGCAGUACAUAUGAAAGGGGAUGACAUUACUGGAGAUUUGCAAUAUAUUGAUCACUCUUUCUUUGGAUCACCGCUUAGUAGCAUGUCAUUAGAAUUUGGAGGACUUAACAGUCCGUUCCAUUUAGAUGAUUUCUUGGGUGAUGAUGAAAUGAUACAGUACUUUGGAGCAUAA